CAAAAGCUGAGGAGCGGCGCGACGCUGCACAGGCUCUGUAGAAACCGGAGGGAGAGGAGGAUGCUGGUGGUCGUGGUCAGAGUGGAGCUGAUCUCAGUUCAGUCCGUCUGAGCUGAAACUGGAAACUUUCUGGUGCUUUUCUGGAGGUUCUUCGUCUCCUUCUUCCUUUUCAUGCACCUGUGAGCAGGAGCUUCUUAAUCUGAGGUUGGAUCCAUCUGUCGCUGAGUGAGAAGCUACGUAAGGGCUUCACGGCACCAACGGCUGAUGAUGAGCUAACAACCGUGACCCGGUUCCUACCCGGUCCACAGGUGCCGUUGGUUCAGGCUGAACGUUUGAAAUCCUCAAGAUUCGGUUCAUCCAACCUGACGGUGGAGACUUCCGGUCCCGCCUCCAUCAUGAGCGACAUCUACGAGUCGGCGGCCAACUCUCUGGGAUUGUUCAGCAGCCCCUGUCUGACCAAGGUGGAGCUACGUGUCACCUGUAAGGGCAUCUCAGACCGGGACGCGCUGUCCAAACCCGACCCCUGCAUCGUCCUCAACAUGAAGUCACACGGGCAGUGGAUGGAGGUGGACCGGACCGAAGUGAUCCGCAGCUGUGUGAACCCCACCUACUCCAAGGUCUUCACACUGGACUUUUAUUUUGAAGAGGUGCAGCGUCUGCGCUUUGAGCUGUACGACAUCAACAGCAACCACAACGGUUUAAAGGAGGCCGACUUCCUGGGCUCGGUGGAGUGUACGCUGGGACAGAUCAUCUCUCAGAGGAAACUGUCCAAAGCUCUGCUCAGACCUGGAGGCUUUGUGGGAAAAGCCAUCAUCACGAUCACAGCAGAGGAGCUGACGGGCAACGACGACUACGUGGAGCUGUCCUUCAACGCCCGCAAGCUGGACGACAAGGACUUCUUCAGUAAAUCGGACCCGUUCCUGGAGAUCUACAGGCUGAACGACGACGCCACGCUGCAGCUGGUCUACAGGACAGAGACCGUCAUGAACAACCUGAACCCAGUAUGGAAAACCUUCAAAGUGUCUCUGAACUCGCUCUGCAGUGGAGACCAGGAACGCAAGCUGCAGUGCACCGUGUGGGACUGGGACUCCAACGGGAAACACGACUACAUCGGAGAGUUCGAGGCCACGUUCAAGGAGAUGAGAGGAGCCAUCGACGGACGACAGAUGCAGUGGCCGUGCAUCAACCCCAAAUACAGAACCAAGAAAAAGAACUACAAGAAUUCUGGGAUCGUCAUUCUGAACCAGUGCAAGAUUAUCAAGAUGCACUCGUUCCUGGAUUACAUCAUGGGAGGCUGUCAGAUCCAGUUUACAGUAGCCGUGGACUUCACCGCCUCCAACGGAGAUCCCCGGAACAGCUGCUCUCUGCACUACAUCCACCCCUUCCAACCCAACGAGUACCUGAAGGCACUGGUGGCUGUGGGGGAGAUCUGCCAGGACUAUGACAGUGAUAAAAUGUUUCCGGCGUUUGGCUUCGGCGCCCGGAUCCCUCCUGACUACCAGGUCUCCCAUGACUUUGCGGUGAAUUUUAAUGAGGACAUCCCAGAGUGUGCAGGGAUUCAGGGUGUGGUGGAGGCCUACCAGGCCUGCCUCCCCAAACUGCAGCUCUACGGGCCCACCAACAUUGCCCCCAUCAUCCAGAAGGUUGCCAAAACUGCCUCCCAGGAGGUCCACACCAAAGAGGCCAUGCAAUACUUCAUUCUGCUGAUCCUGACGGACGGAGUAAUCACUGACAUGGCUGACACCAGGGAGGCCAUUGUCCAGGCCUCCCACCUGCCCAUGUCUAUCAUCAUUGUUGGGGUGGGGAACGCUGACUUCAGCGACAUGCAGAUGCUGGAUGGAGACGACGGCAUCCUGCGGUCGCCCAAAGGGGAGCCUGUCCUCCGAGACAUCGUCCAGUUCGUCCCCUUCCGAAACUUCAAACAUGCAUCGCCGGCUGCUCUGGCUAAGAGUGUGCUAGCUGAAGUGCCCAACCAGGUGGUGGACUACUACAACAGCAAAGGCAUCAAGCCCAAAGUGUCCAGCCAGUACCAGUCUUCCAGGCCGUUUGGCCCAUGAGCACAUCUACCCCGGCUUCCAUCGACAGCACAACCUCUCCCAGACUGACCUUUAACCUUUUACUGUAUUUUAUCUUUGUUACUGCAGAUGUUAAAGGUGCUACAUGUGGCAUUUUAGCAUGAAGUCAUUCACUUAGAUGUUAGAUGGAGGCAAAGCUUUGAUGUGGGAGAAUGAGAAUCUUGAGCUUCAGGUAAAAGAACAGGCCGUUUCCACCGACAGUUCUUUACUCGUCCUGGAAGCAGGAGCGUCUGGACACCAUGGAGAGUGAAUCAGAGCAGGACUGAGGAGACAGUAGCUCAUCAUCAAGCACUAGUCACAAACAGUAAAGCAGGUUGUGCAGUCAUUAUUAGCCAGGAGUGGAAUUAGACGCAUGUAGCAUGUUGCAUAUCAGACCUGUAGUCAACAUUUAUGUUCCUUGUAUCAGAAUCUAAUGGAUUCACUUCAUUUCUUAGCAGAUGAAAAGUAAAUCUAUGCAGAGAUCUAUAGUGAGCUACACACAAGUACCUGGACUAGGGACCAACCAGAAACCACCUCAAGAGUGAAUAGGUAGAAGCAUUUAAGCAUAGGAAGCUAACAAGCUAUGUAGCCUCCUACAAACUGCCAGAUGUGAGAUGGUUCUGUGAGGCUGGAGCUGGAGCUGGUUCUGGUGGACAGAGCAGUCUUCACACCCACACUACAGACAGAGUCUCUGAAUAUACGUUUUGCUAACAGGUAGCAGUGCUGCUAACUGGUACCAUUAGAUUACCAAUGGCUAGCCUUUUAAAAAGGUUCAGAAGUCGCUCCCAGAACCCACCCAGAACCAGCUCCUAGCUCAUCAUCAAGAGAUAUCAAGCAAAAGGGUUUGAAUCAGACAGGAACUCAUUUUAUGGGACAUCCCAUGUGUAAAACUGCUAACUGUAGCAUCUUUAGCAUCUGUUGUCCAUGUAGGGCCAACACCGGCUGAGCAGCCGGAACGUUCAUGGCUACCCUGCAGACAGCAUGACAGGCAGGGAACCGAGGAAGGAACCUACGGACCCACCCUCCAUCUCAAUGCUUUGAUUUUCUAAGAGUUUAAUGAGACUUUGCUACAUUUGUAAGGUUUGUAUGUUGUGAAGCGUUUUGGAUCUCUGCCAGAACAAGCGAGCUGCCUUCACGAACGUCUGCAUCCUCUGUUUUUCUCAAGGCGAGGCAGAUGCAUGAACUGUUGUUUUGCAUGCAAAUCUCCAUGAAGGACGUUGGUCCUUGUGGUCUCUGUUUCCUGGUAGUGAGUAUUAUGAGUAAUAAAGAUGUUUACACUGUACCCAGUGAUGGGGCUGUUCUACUCCCAAGCAUGUUCACAUAUCAAUGAAAGUGUGUGAGUAGAUAUAAAAGCACAAACUGAAUAUCUGGUUAUGGUGAUAGAUUUUUGUCAAUAUGUGCCACAACACCUGCCUCUGUCUUUGUGGACCUCAUUCAAUAUUUGUCGUGGGCUUUGGAAAAGUGGCCUCAGUCAUAGUAGUUCCAAACCAGGAUUGAACUUCACAUAGCUGACUAAGCUACAGUAGGCAGUAUAUGAGGCUUCUGGUGGUAAAUAAGAAUAGGAAAGCCUAAAUAGUAGUAACAGUAGCAAACAGACCUGAUGCUCCGGCAUAAUAGGGCCAGACAAUAUUAAUCAUCCCUCCAAAGUUCCAUUUUGGGAUCCAGAUAAGUGUGAUUGUUGAGUCUUUAAACCUGUGCUGGACUCUUUGUUGUUGGUGACAGCAAGCAGCUUUCCCCAAAGCAUUUCAUCAUUAAACCUUUUUUCUUCACAUCACUUAAUUGAAGCGUGACAUAUCGCACAGUAUGGCUUGAUUUUAAUUUCCUCUCAGGAUUUACAUGUGUGUAGCCCAUCAAGUGGUUCAAAGGUCAUUUUUCAUGAAAUGAUUAUUUGUUCUGCUGUGGCUGAGCAACUCCUCUGAGACAGAGUUUGGUUCUCAGUCAUUACAGAUUCACACGUUAGGACAGGCAGGUGUUGGGUCACAUGACCUCUGACCUCUGUUGCGUUAACAUGCAGUAUUGUGUGCAAAACAAUAAAAAUGAUUUAUUAUAAUAAA